UUUUCUAAUUAAAUAUCCCUUCCAAGUUUUCUGAAAUCUGCAAAAUCACCUAGCUACAAUUAAUACUGUGCAAAGAAACAUGAAGAUCUCCUCAUCACUUCUACUCCGCCGCAAUUUGCUUCUUUUGGUGCAUCUUAUGAUGAUCUUUCUUGUUGCUGAAAGCCUUCGCAUGUCGCCUCAAUAUCAUUUCACCUUCAGGGGAGAAAGCAGCAAAUCUGGAGAUCCAAGACCCAUCAUUAAUGCUAAGAAAGAAGGAGAGGAAAAGAUCGUGGGGGUGAUGAAGCUGCACGCGACAGGGUCGAGCCUGCCAGACUGUUCCCAUGCCUGCGGACCAUGCUUCCCUUGCAAGAGGGUGAUGGUGAGCUUCAAGUGCACCGCGGAGUCUUGUCCAAUUGUUUACAGGUGCAUGUGUAAAGGGAAAUACUACCAUGUGCCUUCCAAUUAAUUUCAUGGAGAUCGUUGUUUUUAAGUAAUUGAGUGAGAUUUGUUGGUGUGAAUCUGCAGUCUUCUGGAGCAGAAGAUUUAAUUCGAGGGGGAAAGCAUGUAUAAAGUGGGAGUGAGGUU